ACCCCUCCCUCAGAAGUUUGAGUCAUUUCAAACAAUGAGAGCACACACACACACUCUGCAACACCACCAAACCAAAACAGACAAGUUUCACAGAUAAGGAGGGAAACUAAGCAGUAACACACACAAACACAUACAUAACAUAAACAUAAUACAUUUGAGGAGAGAGAAAAGGCCACAAUAUACAAAAAUGGCGAAUUUGAGGACAGCAAUGGAUGCAAUGUUCUAUGACUUAGACAUAGGUAGCACCCAUAACCUAGAUGGGUGUGCUAAAUCAAUACCGGGUGACCCGUUUCCUCUUGACGGGUCUAGAGCUGGUAAAGCUAUUCGUGUGCAGCAGCUCUCUUUUAUUGGCAAUGGUUUCCCACUUGGAAUCAUACCUUCUAUCUCUCCUUCUCCUUCCAACAAACAGCUUGGUUCUUUCUCUCUCCAAUCACUCCUUCUUCGCCCUACUUUUGGAGACUGGUGGCUUGGUUUAGCUGGACAGUUCCGUCCAAAGAAGUUGAUAUCGAACCUUAAAGAGGAGGUGUCCAGUGUGUUCUCUGGUGAUGGUUCGGAACUUCCAUCCUUUAAGGAUUUAUCAAAACAUGUCAUGGAUAAGUCUCUCUAUGCGCUGGCUUUAUGUGCCCAGAUCCCCAUCUCUUCCUCUUCUUCUUUAUUCUUGAGCUCAGAAGCCCAUGGUGAGAGGAAAGGAAGGCGCAAUAAAGUCCUGCUAUAUCACAAGCUUCCCUAUCAUGACAUUACAUUAAACGCGGCAUGGCCUGAGCUUUUUAUCGACAGUAAAGGAAGGUAUUGGAAUGUUCCUGAGUCUAUGUCUCUGGAUUGUUCGUCUCUAAUAUCUGAAUCAGGACUACGAUACCGGUUUGGGGUACACAAGAGUAGUGGCCAACCUCAAGCAGUUGUUAACUCAAUAGAAAGUGAUCCACCUCUUGCUUUGCUGCCUGGGUUAUGUGCUAAAGCUGCUAUGUCGUACGAGAAGAGCAAGGAUUUGUGGAGGCAAGAGGAGACGGAAGAGGAUCUUAUUAUAAGAACCACGAAGGGAAAGUAUUGCAGGCCUGCAUAUGACGUGCGCCUUAAAGAACCUCAUGCAUCUAUUUCAGCCAUUAUGGGUGGCACCUUUGGUGCCUGGAUAUAUGGUGAAGACAAGCCAUUGAAGGUUACAUCAGGAGGAGAUGGUGAGGACUUGUCUUCAAGUUCCAGGAAAAGAAGUCCUCUCUUUGCUGAUUUAUUCGGAUCAUUGUGCUAUACUUACCAACAUGGGAAGUUCAGAAAGCCUUUUGGGGAUCUAACUAGCGUAGAUGCUCGUUUAGAUAUCCGUUCAGCUUCUGGUUUUGCUCAAAGCUUAUUCAGGCAUAGCUCUCACCAGGAUAACUCAGCAUCUCUUCCUAGGCUCAGUCUCAUCUUCCAGCAGCAGGUCGCAGGUCCAAUUGUGUUUCGCAUUGAUACAAAGUGUUCAGUCGGUGCACCAUGGAAUAAAGGGUUACAAAUUGAGGAUUUCAUGUACACCUUGAGCUAUUCAUUACGACUAUUGGAAUCAGGUAAAGUCGCAGCAUGGUACUCCCCAAAAAGGAAAGAGGGAAUGAUCGAAUUAAAAGUGUUCGAAUUUUGAUUCCAAGUUCAAGAAUUUUGUAUUCUCUUCAAUUAUCUUGAAGGACAAAAGUUUGGAGUUUUGUGUAAAAGCAUUUGAUGCUAGUAGGUUAGUCAUGUACAAAACUUUUGGAUCUUAAUAUCUUGUUUAGCUUAUGGCAUCAAUGCCAGAGUGCUGCUCCAAAA